AUGGCUAUAGCAACCUCGGUCGAACCCGCCUCUGACACGGUGUUGCCUCAUCAUAUUAUAGAAUCAUGCCUUACACCUGCAAGAGCGCCCACAACGAAGCUGUUUUCUCUUGCAGGUCGAAGUGUGGUAGUUACUGGGGCUGGAAGGGGGCUUGGCAUCACACUUGCAACUGCAGUGCUUGAAGCGGGAGGCGAUGCUAUCUGUUUGGACAUCUUACCCGAACCUAGCAAAGAAGAUUGGGCCAACAUUGUUCGAAUUCAGAAAAGCUCCAAGGCUUCGGCUAUAUAUCUUCAGUGCAAUGUUGUCGACGAGAGCGCUGUUUCCUCAAGCCUUGCUCAAGCAGCAGAAUACGCUCAAACAAGAGGCAAGCCGAUAAGAGGCCUCUUGCACUGUGCUGGUAUCCAACAAAUGAUUGAUGCAAUGGAAUACCCCUUGGAAGGCUUCAGAAGGAUCCUAGAUGUUAAUGUGACUGGAAGUUUCUUACUUGCUAAACACACUGCGCGUCUCAUGCGGGAUGAAGGAAACUCUGGCAGCCUGGUCCUGAUCGCAUCCAUGUCCGGUCAAAUAGCCAACCGUGGAAUCCAUUGUUCGGCAUAUAAUUCAUCCAAAGCUGCGGUACAACAGAUGUGUCGCUCUUUGGCGAUGGAAUUUGGAGUUCAUGGCAUAAGGGUGAAUAGUCUCUCCCCUGGGUAUAUAAGAACAGCCAUGACCGAUCAACUCCUGGAAGAGAAGCCUGAAAUCGAGAAACUGUGGAUGAUGGGGGCACACCUUGGUCGCCUAGGAGCACCCGAGGAUUUUAAAGCCCCUGCGGUGUUUCUUCUGGCAGAUGGGAGUGCGUUCAUGACUGGUUCAGAUCUUCGGGUAGACGGCGGACACUGUGCAUCGGCUUAG